AUGAAUCGACAACGAGAGGCCGAAAAGGCCCUCCAUGAUCAAACAAACAUUCUGCCAUUCGGGCAGCUGAUGGUUGUCUUCAGCAGUCUGGCGAUCUCUCUGCUCAUUUGUAUGGUGGACCAGAAUGGAAUCAGUGUAACACUGCCAACGAUCUCUCGCGAUCUCAGUGCCCAGAACACGAUAUCCUGGGCCGGAACCUCGUCGUUGAUUGCAAACACAAUGUUUACAGUAUUAUACGGUCGAAUUUCAGACAUCUUCGGUCGAAAGAUCGUCUAUCUUUCUGCAUUGUUGACCCUGUGCAUUGCCGACCUGCUUUGUGGCUUGUCACAAAACCCGGCCAUGUUCUAUGCCUUCCGAGGUUUGGCUGGUAUUGCUGGCGGCGGCGUCACCUCCCUGACCAUGAUCAUCGUCUCUGAUAUCGUGACAUUGGAGAGACGUGGAAAGUACCAGGGUAUACUGGGCGCAGCGUUGGGUUUGGGGAAUGUCAUCGGGCCAUUCAUUGCAGCUGCUUUCAUCAUGCGGUCCACAUGGCGCGGCUUCUUUUGGCUGAUCUCUCCGCUGGCUGCUUGCUCUGCAGUCAUUGGAUACUUCCUUAUUCCAAACAAUGCAGGAAAGGGCAGUUUUUGGGGAAAUGUUGCCCGUAUUGAUUGGUUUGGCGUGCUGGCGUCGUCUAUUGGUAUCAUCUUUCUCUUGAUCCCGAUCUCAGGCGGUGGCUCAUACUUCCCAUGGGACUCACCCAUGGUUAUCAGUAUGCUUGUCAUUGGAGGACUCUCAUUUAUUGCAUUCUUAUUCAUUGAAUGGAAAGUGGCUACACUUCCCAUGCUUCCAGUGGUCUUUUUCAAAAACAAGGUUGUCGCUACGAUCUUCUUGCAGAGCUUUUUGCUUGGAGCUGUUUACCAAGCCAACCUUUAUUACCUUCCUCUAUACUACCAAAACGCACGUGGUUGGUCACCUAUUGUCUCCGCAGCGAUGACAUCCCCGAUGGUCGCAGCCCAGUCAAUCUUCUCCAUCAUAUCUGGACAGUACAUUUCACGACUGAAGCGCUAUGGUGAGAUCAUCUGGAUUGGGUUUGGUCUAUGGACAUUGGGAUCGGGCUUAAUGCUACUGUUCGGCGACAGUACCCAUCCCGCCAUCGUCGCCGUCAUCGUGUUUAUCAUGGGUGCAGGAGUUGGUUUCACCUUCCAGCCAACUAUCAUCGCAUUGCAAGCCCAUUGCACGAAAUCCCAAAGAGCGGUAGUCAUUGCGAAUCGAAACUUUUUCCGGUGCAUGGGCGGUGCAUGUGGACUUGCUAUCUCAGCCGCUAUCUUGCAAGCUACGCUCCGCUCAAACCUACCAAUCAAGUUUGCAUACCUGGCAGAAUCCUCUUACUCCCUACCCUCAAGAUCCAACCUCAAUGCCACGGAAUGGGCAUCAAUUUUGCACGCUUAUGCCAAGGCCUCUCAUUCAGUCUUCAUACUGCAAGUCUGCCUUAUCGGCAUAUGUUUCCUCGCAUGUGUCUUUAUACGUGAUAGGGGCUUGGAGCGACCAAAGGAGCCUGAAGAAAUUGAAGAAGAAGAGCGGAAGGCACAAGAAGAGCGAGAUGCGGAGGCUGCCGUGGCAGAAACCCCGGAUGAGGCUGGCACUUAUCAAGCGCAUGGGCAUGUUGAGAAGCGCCCUUCUGCAUCCACUCUCGCCGAUUCAUCAAUGCCGGCCUCGCGUGCGGAGUUUGCCACCGAGAAGGAAACGCGGGAUAACAACUAG